AUGAGCAGAAAGCGGCAGCUAACGAUGGAGGAGGCGUUUGGUGCUGGUGGUACCAUCAGAAGGUCGGUGGGUGAUGGCCAUGAGGAAGGUGGAGGUGAUCUGCCUCUGCCUUCAGUUGGCAAAAAGCCUGAGGCUACGGCUAAAGCUAAGUCUAAACAUCUGGCCGUUGGCGGGAGUCCUUGCCGCGCACGUCGCUCCAGAGCCGCCGCACGCAGUUCCAGUGGUCCACGUCGGUCCAGAGAAAGUUCCUCGUCGGAUACAGGCUCUUCAGAGCUAUGGGAACCUGAAGCUGACCCAAACAGCAGUGACUCAUCCCCCGAUUCCCCCAGAGCAACCGGCAGAGCAGUAAGCAGAGUGCUGGGCCAAUCCAGGAGUACUAAUGCUGGUAAAAGGAGGCCUACAGGCGCUACAUUGAGCAGAGGCGCUGCCAGCGUCCAGGAUGAGGACGAGGAGGACAUCGAGGACAUCGAGGACGAGGAGGACGAGGAGGACAUCGAGGACAUCGAGGACAUUGAGGACAAGGAGGACGAGGAGGACCACAACGAGGAGAACGAGAGCUGCCUGAGGAUCCAGCAGGGGAACAGUAGAACACUCAACAUUUCCUACAGUGCAGCGUGA